GGCACGGGGAGAUUAAAAGCAAGGGGGAAAUCGGGGGGUGGAGUGGAAAACAACCCGGAUUAACGCUUGGUACGGGGGCCCUAACUUCUAGGCGAGGGUUGCAACCCCGAAUUAAUUUAAGCCGGCUUCUUCCAACUUCCCAGCAUCCUCCAGGUGAGGUGGAUUACAAUGCCCUUCGUCUCCAGUCAACGUUGUAAUCCAGGGCAACAGGAUAGAGGCGGGAAGCCAAUCAAGAAGUGUUUGCCUUGAACGUGUAGCUAAGACAACUGUUGAAGAGCCAAUCAUUUUUAUAGACAGCUGCAUUAAGCUUUUUUAUGUAACCCGGGAUAUAAAUUUGGCUUCUUAAGGGACGAUAGGACCAAACUAGGUUAGCUAAAUCUCGAUUUUAGAAACCAGGAGAUUUUGAUUUCUAGUCCCACUUUAGGCACGAAAGCAUUUUGUGGUGACUUCGAGCCAGUCAUUCUUUCUCAGCCCAGCCCACUUCACAGGGUUGUUGUGGGGAAAAUAGGAGGUAGAAACAUUAUUGGGCAUGUUUAUCUCCUUGGGGGUAUUUAUAAAAAUAAUGAAGGUGGAAUAUAAAUAAAUAGGACCGCUUAACAGAUGAGUAACAUCUUUGUCAUGCUAUCAAAGAUUUUGUUUCAGAAAUUAUUUUCUAAGAUUUUACUCCAAUGUUACUGAAUUGUUUUAUUUUGGAAGAAAUGUAUUCUACAUCUCCUCAGAGACGGUAAAUCUGAGACCCAGAGCACCUUCUGAGUGGAAUGGAAGCAACAAGGAAGAAUUUGACAGGCCUUAAAUUAUACUGUAUUUAUUUUUUACUGCAUUGUCCUUUGACAUAGAAACUAUACCUCUAUUUCUUUUGGAAAUUUAUGUGGUUGCACAAAAUUUCCCUGAAGUGUUUUGCUUGUCCUAUUAUUUAAAAACUCUUCUACCAUUCCUCCAAAUUCUGUGAAUAUUUAACCUGAAGAGGAAAUUCUCGUUUUGUUUUCAAUCCCCUUUGGGCAACACAAACUCAGUAUUUCCCUUUAACCUCUUGGUCCAUAACUUGCAUUUUUGAAUCAUAACAAAAUAUCUGUCUAUAUACCGUUUAUUCUGUUUGCCUGUACAGUGCUUUCCCCCUUCUUUGCUGGAUUUUUCAAAUGUAAAUUUUGUUUUACAUUAGUGAGUUCUUCAGAGCCAGCUGGAGAAAGGGGUGUGUAUAAAAUUUGUUUGAGUGACUCACAAGAGGAUGUUAGAUUCUCUGGACUUUCCUUUAUCCAAAUUGUUAUCUAGUUGGAGAAGGGUAGAAAUGAAGGGAAAUUAACUUGGUUUCUCUGGACUUCUGAUCUGCCCACAUUAGGUACAUUUAGUGACAACCUUGCAUUUAAAGUAAGUCGAGUCUAACCUGUGGGGAGAGAAGCAAAAAUUUGGGAAGACAGAUGUUCGCAAGAAACAGCUGGGAGAAAGCUGGACAUAGAGGUGAAGUGGCUUGUGCAAGAGGGUGUAAUCACGAUAACAGGAAAGAGCUUACUUUUUGUAAUCAUAGAGUAAGAGGUUAUUUUGUAAUCGUACUGUCAUUUGCUGCGAAGGUAAUCAAAAGUUUUCUUUUUUUUUAUUUCUUUUUUUCAUAUUUGCUUUUUUUUCUUCCUUUCUUUGCCACUUUUAUUCAUUAUUAGUUUUGGUUUUUAUGUUCUUUGUAAAACUUUUCAUAAAAUAUAUUGAACCGCACCCAUCCCCCCCCCAAAGGGUGUGAUCACUUUCCAUUACUGAGAAAGGAAGGUUUUUGUACACAAGUUCAGAAUGCAGUUGUGCAGGAAAUUCAUAUUUUUAAGGAUUGCAAAAAAGGGGGAAAAUGUUGCUCAUUCUUGUAUAUUCUCUUGAAUUCUUCCUAACUUUUAGCAUUCAGUUUCCACUGCUGCUGCUGCUACAUCUGUGGUUCACAGUGUGAUCUUAAAUUACUUGUGAUGUACAAUAUUCCUUUUUUUAGCUGCUCUCUUCUUUUCCACUUUUAUGCAGUUUAUUCCUGAAACAUGUUUCAUCAGUCCUGAAAAGUAAGAUGUCUUAGACAGAUAUAAAUGUUUCUUCUUAACACACUUAAAUUGUCUUUUGCUUUUUAAUACGACAAGAUCAAUCUUUGGCAAAGUGUGCUUCAAGCUAAUUAAAAAAGCACAUAUGUCCCUUGCUAGCGUGCCUUUUUCCCUUUCCUUAUUAUUACACAAUUUAUUACCCUGCUGAUUCAUUGCUGAAAACCAUCCCAAGUGAUUUCCAAGCAGACAGAAGUAUGUAAGAGGAGAUGUUGUACUUUUGCAAACUUGGAGAUGAAGUGAUAAAAAGAAGCCUUGCCAGAUUUCAUUGCUGAUCUGAGCCAUCAGAGAUUGGGGGAGUGUGGGGGGUGUUGAGAGAACCAAUCAGCACUUGGAGUCUUGAUUGAUCUGUCUUAAUCUUUCUCAGUUGGGACUGCAAUAUUUGCUGUUGAUUUUCCUUCUCAAGAUUGAUAGUCUUGCCUCUCUCACAAAGCAAGAUGGCAGCAACUGGUUUACUUUGGUUGAUUCCAAAAAGAUGAUGAAUCCUGAUUAACAUUUAGAUAGCCUGAGAGCUGUAAGCUACAGUGAGAAGUGGAGGAUUGCCUCAGGCCUCAGUUUGAAUGAAGUUUUAGAAAUCUUGCCUACCAUACUUAGUUGGCCUUUAUCACUACAUAGGUAAAUAAUCACCAUAUCUCGCAGUGCAAAUUAAAUUAACAAUACAUUUUUAUUUUUUACUUUGUAAUGUUUUCUCACAAGGGCCAUCUCUGCUUAUUUUGGAUCAACAGAGUGUUGACCAACUUGGUUGUGACAGGAAUUCAUCAACCAGUUUGUUGCCCAAGCCUGAUGUUGUGGACUGAGAGAAAUAUGACUGGCCAAAAGUUACCCAACUGGCCUUUUUUGGCUAAGGCAGAACUAGAACUCACAGUCCCCCUGGUAUUUAGCCUGGUGCUUUAAUCACUAGACCAAACUGGUUCUCCAAAUUAACCACACAUUUUACUGAAAAUACUUGUUUUGGGCCAGUAAUGGGUUUUAAAUCUGUUAUUAAUCUCAUAUCAAAAUAAUAAUCCCUUUUCCCUGUCAUCAAGUUCUCAACCUCAGGUGGUCUGAUCUACCUUCUUUACUUUUCUGUAUCAUGUGUAAUUUAUAUGCAAUCCAAAACCAGUAGACCACUUCCUAUUUCCUUCUUCAUCUCUUCUUUCUCAAAAAUAAAGUGCAGGUGUCACUACCUUGUGCUCCAUAUUUCCAAUACUUCUCACUUUGAUCCAUGCAGAUUGACCUAACUCUGUAAUUUCUUGCCAGCUACAAUGUCACCUGAUGAGAUUGUCUACUUGGCGGUCCUUCUCACCUCUAUACCUGUUGGUUUCCUCUUCAAACAAGUUGGUCCAAAGACCAAAAAAUACGGAGCAGCUGUUGUAGGAAUUGUACUUAUUCUGGUGACUUGCCACAUUCACAUCCUUCAUUCCCUUAUCACCAUACUGGGGACAUGGCUUAUUAUCAAUAUCUCACCAAGGGCUUGUCAUCACCUGACGCUGGGAUGGACAUUUUCCUACUUACUUUUUUUCCGCACAGUUACUUACUUCAACUAUCCAGAGCCAACACCAUUCACCAAUGCUGUGCAACUUUUGCUCACUCUUAAGCUGCUGAGCAUAGCCAAUGAGGUACAAGAACUCAUUCAGGCGAAGAAACAGGAAAUGACAACCUUCACCAAAUCUCCAAUGAUUGGUACAGUUCUCCAAAAACCGGGGUUGGUGGAGAUACUGUGCUACAGUUACUGCUAUGUGGGGCUUAUGACAGGCCCAUUUUAUCGCUACCGUACGUAUCAUGACUGGUUGAGCCAGAUUGAUCCCUCUGUUAUUCCUAGUUGGCGGCCGAUGCUUUCCAGAUCCAGAAUGAUCCCCAUCUUUGGGAUAUUUUUCCUGGUUGUCUCCCAUUUCUUCCCCCUUGAUUACGUCCGAAGCAAUGCCUUCUACGAGAGAGAACUCCCUUUCCGCCUCUUCUACAUGAUGCCCAUUUUCUUUGUCUUCCGUAUGCGUUUCUAUGUUGCCUGGCUUUGCGCCGAGUGCACCUGCAUUGCUGCUGCUUUUGGUGCCUAUCCAGUCACUGCCAAAUCUCGGUCAGGUGGAGGACCUACAGUGGAAUAUGACCCUUUAAGUCGAUCAGCUGACGGGGAAGCAUCCAGUGUUGCCUACGAUUAUGAGACAAUCAAAAACAUUGAUCCACAUGGAACAGAUUUUUGUGUCAAAGUAAAGGAUGGCAUGCGCUAUUGGAACAUGACUGUCCAGUGGUGGUUGGCACAAUACAUCUACAAAAGUGCACCUUUCCACUCCUAUGUCAUGAGGAGUGCCUGGACAAUGCUUAUCUCGGCCUACUGGCAUGGGAUCCACCCUGGGUACUACAUCAGCUUCCUUACCAUCCCGCUCUGCCUAGCAGCUGAGGGGGCCAUGGAGAGUGGAUUCUUGAAGCACCUCUCCCCGUCUGGGCGUCUUUGGGGUGACUGGAUACAGUGGUUCCUGAAGAUGAGGGCCUAUGACUACAUGUGCAUGGGUUUUGUGUUGCUUACCUUUGAGGAUACCAUUCGCUAUUGGAGCUCGGUCUAUUACUGUAUCCAUGUGGCAGCUGUGUUUUUCUUCCUGCUGGGAACGCUGUUGGGGACCCAGAGGAAACGGGGGCCCCCAAAAGAUAAACAGGGUGCUCCAGAGAAUCCCAAGCAACAGGAAUGAGAGGGCAAAGUAAUGUUGCUGUAUACCCACAGCAAGGAAUUCUACCAUAGACACCGGAGGCUAAGGGAACAAAUAAGACUAGUAAGUCUAGUUUUGAUAUAUGUCAUGACUGUAGGUGGGGAUUGAAGGAAGUAAUCUGAGAUGUAACUUGGAAAAUCCUACUUUUGGUCUGGUUUGUGACAAGGCGAUUUAGAAAUCCUAAAAAUAUUGCCACCUAGGCUAUUCUACUCAACACCAGGGGAUUCUAAGAAAAGGAAACUUCUCCAGAUGUUAACUUCUAACCCAAUGUUUCCCAGUCUCAGCAAUUUUAAGAUCUAUGGACUUCAACUCACAUGGGGAAUUCUGGGAGUUGAAGUCCAUCCAUCUUAAAGUGGUUGAAGCUGUUCUGACCCUCCCUUUUGUUAGGUUUCUUUCUACCUUUCACUCUACUUCCAUAAAGUUUAGAAAUCUUCUGACUCCUCUAUAAUCUUGCUUUUCUUUUCAUUUAUUUUUAAGUCCAAACCUCAGCCAUUUCAUAGGAUAGAAUAGGGUAACGGAAUUAUAACCCCAACAGGUUAUGGAACUUCAACUCCUGAGAACUCCAGCCAAGUUUAACAAUAUUAUAGGCAAUGGAAUAUAUACUAUAACUGCAUAACAUUGAGAGAAUCGCACAUUCUCUCUCCUUUAACCAGUAGGAUUUUUAGUUCUGUGAUACACAUUCUGUAACUAACUGAUCCCUGAUUUUCACUGUCAUUUUUAUUUUCUUUAAAUGUCAUAGUAGCCUUGAAAAUAUCUGCAUAUCUAGUGGGAUUUUUUGAAAGGGUGAAUUUGGGACUUUGUCCUUGGGUAGAUAAGAGGUAAGGUUGUCAUUUGAGCUGCAAAAAUCAGGAUGGUCACUAGAAGACAACUUCCAUCCAAUGAUCAUCCAGAUUUUGGCAACUCAGAUUUGGUAAUUAUACAGAAAUGCUAAGAUUUAACAACAACAACAAAAAGCUCCAUCCAAAUGUUUUUGAUCACUUGUACAGAGAGAUGUGCAAAAAUGUGUUAGAUCUCACAAAAUCUUGAAUCAGUGACCCUGUUGUUAAAAGAGGUGAGAUUCUGGAAUGUAAGAAGAUUUUUACAGGGCUGGAACCUGUUACACAAAAGUGAUAGAAACACAAAGAUUAGUUUGCUAAUAUACAGGUACAGGUGGGGCUGGUGAACUAGUAAAGAAAUCAGAUGUUGCACACAAGGACUGCCGUAUUUAAGUAUGUUACUUUUAAAUAUAAGGAACAAAUGCAUGUUUGGGGGUUUGUUUGUUUUUAGCCACAAUAUUUGGGGCUGAAAAAAAAUUAAACUUUUUAGGGCAUAGAGGGCUGUGUCUUAUGGAACCUAAAAUGUGUACACUGAGUAUAAAAAGGUGGGUUUUAGUUUGCAAAAGGUAAACAAAUAUAUUAAUUACCAGAAAAAUGAUUGCUCAGGUAAUAUGUUUAUGUCUUAAGGAAAACUAUACAUGAACCUGCUUGUGUUUGCGUUAUUUUUGGUCCAAACUAGUAUUUUAUUGGAAGGUACUUG